GGACAAUUGUGGAAAAGAAACAGUAGAGUAUAGCAUUACAGCUCUAAACUGAAGGAAGACUGCCCUUGCUCCACUCAUCCCCAAGAGGAGAAUGGCAGCUAAGAACUCUUCUGUGACAGAGUUUAUCCUUACAGGUUUAACAGACCAGCUGGAACUCCAGAUCCCUCUCUUCUUCCUGUUUCUAGGUUUCUACAUGGUCACUGUGCUGGGAAACCUGGCCUUGAUAGCCCUGAUUCGGUUGAAUUCUUGCCUACACACUCCCAUGUACUUUUUCCUCUUCAACCUCUCCUUGAUAGAUUUCUGCUACUCCACUACCAUCACCCCCAAAAUGCUGAAGAGUUUUUUCUCAAAGAAGAACAUCAUCUUGCAUGCAGAGUGUAUGACUCAACUCUUUUUCUUCUGCUUCUUUGUCAUUUCUGAGUCCUUCCUCCUGUCAGUGAUGGCAUAUGACCGCUAUGUAGCCAUCUGUAAACCAUUGGUGUACAUGGUCACCAUGUCUCCUCAGGUCUGUCUAUUCCUUUUGUUGGGUGUCUACGUGAUGGGGCUUUCAGGGGCUAUGGUCCAUACGGGAAGCAUAGCAAGUCUGACCUUCUGUGCUGACAACCUUCUCAAUCAUUUCAUGUGUGACAUCCUUCCUCUCCUCGAGCUGUCCUGCAACAGCACUUAUGUAAAUGAACUGGUGGUCUUCAUCCUUGUGGCCAUUGACAUUGGAAUGCCCAUUAUCACCAUCUUCAUCUCUUAUGCUCUGAUUCUGUCCAGCAUUCUGCACAUUCACUCCACUGAGGGCAGGUCCAAAGCUUUCAGUACAUGUAGCUCUCAUAUAAUUGUGGUUUCUCUUUUCUUUGGUUCUGGGGCUUUCAUGUAUCUCAAACCACCUUCUAUUUUGCCCCUGGACCAAGGGAAAGUGUCCUCUCUGUUCUAUACCAUUGUGGUGCCCAUGUUAAACCCACUGAUCUACAGUUUGAGGAACAAGGAUGUCAAAGUUUCCCUGAGGAACACCUUGGAAAGAAAAAUAUCUUCUUGAAAAAGUAGCAUUUGAAGAAGAUACAAUGCUUUGUUUAUUGGUGUGUGUGUUUUCCAAGACAGAUCCAAGUUCUAGUUUUUUCUCUUCUGUAAAAAAGAGAAUUUUAAGUCUUUAUGUUUCAUGGAUGUUUACUACAUAUCUAUUUUCUGUAUCCCGUGACCCACCUCGACUAUUCCACGACUCUUUUAUGCA